AUGUCAGAAAUAACAAUAACCGUCAAAGGUCCUUCUGAACUCAAAUUAUCAAUAACCAUCUCUCCCGAAAAGACUGUAGCGGAUUUGAAAGAGUCAAUAUCAGCUCAAUCUGAUGUAGAGAAGGAAAGGCAGAGAUUGAUCUAUUCAGGUAAAGUGCUUAAAGACGAAGACGCAAUUUCAACAUAUAAGAUCCAGAAUGGCCAUACUAUCCAUAUGGUGAAAGGUGCUGCCAAAUCAGCUACUCCAGCAGCUUCAUCUUCCACACCUGCUGCAUCUGGAGCAGGUACAUCAUCGGCUUUACCAAGAUUACCACAAAUGGGCACUGGCUUGAACGUCGGUAGCAAUCCAAUCGAUAAUGUCGAGAACAUUCACCACGGAUUAGCUGGAUUUAACCCAUUUGCAGGUCAACCUGGUUUAGAUAAUAUGAAUGAUCCUAAUGCUAUGUUGGGAAUGAUGAAUAACCCAGAAUUCUUGAGAUCAAUGACGGAUAUGAUGUCCAGACCUGAAGUGGUAGAUCAGAUCAUAGCUGCUAAUCCACAGUUGCAAUCUAUGGGACCCCAAGUAAGAGAAAUGAUGGCAUCCCCUUUCUUCAGGCAAAUGAUGUCAAAUCCUGAUACUUUAAGAAUGAUGAUGCAAAUGAACUCUUCGAUGGGUGGACAAGGUGGAGCCGGUGCUGGAGGAUUCAAUCCAUUUGGUGCUGGUGGUUUUGGAGGCGCAGGCGCAGGUACAGGUGCAGGUGGAGCAACAGGUGGAGAAGCGAACAAUGAUCCAUUCCCCAAUCUCUUCGCACCAAAUGCCAACCCUACACCAUCUGGAAAUACCGCUCAGCCAUCAAGUCCGACUGGAAACGCGCCACCGAAUCCUUUAGCGACACUUUUCGGUGGAGCAGGAGCUAGAGGUGCAGGCGGUGCAGGUGGAAAUCCGUUUGGAGGCUUUGAUCCUUCCAUGCUUUUCGGAGGAGGUGCGGGUGGUGCUGGCGGUUUCGGUGGAUUCGGUGCCCCUGCUGCUCCCAGAGACGACAGACCACCGGAGGAGAUUUACGCUACCCAGUUAGGACAAUUGAAUGCUAUGGGUCUCUGGGACGCCCCAAAGAACAUCAGAGCCUUACGAAGUACAGGUGGUAAUGUAGAAGCUGCUAUAGAGAUGCUCUUUUCCGGUCAAUUAGAUUAA